AUGUCACCCACACGCGCCAUACACGACUCAAUCACACAUGUCCCUCUCGCCCCUCUCCUCCAGUCCCUCUCCUCUCCUCUCCUCCCUUGCCUCUUUGCCCCCUCCCUCCUUUCUAUCUCUCGCCUCUCCCUCUCGCCUUCACUCCCUCUUCCCCCCGUUCCUCCUCCCUCCCCAUUUUCCACCCGUUCCUCCUCUCUCCCCUCUCCAGCAGGCCGCGGAGUUGGAUGCUCCCCCUUCCCUACGCGCUACUCUCCCUUCCCUACCCGCUACUCCCCCUUCCCUACGCGCUGCUCCCCCUUCCUUACGCGCUGCUCCGCCUUCCCUACGCGCUGCUCCCCCUUCCCUACGCACUACUCCCCCUUCCCAUUCAGCCCCUCUCCUUCCUCUCCGUGCUUCUCUCCUUCCUUCCCUCUGACCAUUCUCCGAAGAUUCCUCCCCCUUCCCUACUCGCAGUCCCCCCCCCACCCUACUCACAGUUUCCCCUCUUCCCUACGUGCAAUUCCUCACCUUCUCUAUGCGCAGCUUCCCCACUUCCCUAAGCACAGUCUCCCGUCCCUCUGUCCCCCCUCUUCUGUUCCCUCUUUCCAACUUCCAUCCAUCCCUUUUCCGCCUCUCCCCUCUGUCAAACGCAAGAUCCUCCCGACUCAUCGCAGCCCCUCCUCUCCUCUCCUCCCUCCCCUCUUUGCCCUCUCGUAUUUGUAUCAACCCCUUUCCUCCAUUCCCUCUCAGCUACCCUCAAACCCUUUUCCUCUCGGCCCAUCUCCUCUUUUCGCUCUCGGCCGAUCUCCACACGUCCUUCUGCACCCCUCACCUCCCUUACCUAUCAAUCCCUCUCCGUCCAUCUCUGCACUUUCAUCCUUUCCCUCUCAACCCCCACCCUUCCACCUCAGCGAUGAUGGGCCUAUCCCCCUCCUCUCCCUUCAGCUCUCCUCCCCACGGUCUGCCUACCCUCCUACUUACCACACUCCCGUCCCUCCCCUUUCCUAUCCUAAACCCUCUCCUUUCACUCACUGCCCCUCCCCAACUCUCCUUGUUUGUCCGGUCCCCCCCCCCCCCUUGUCCUUCCUCUCGCCUCCAUCUUCCCAUGAUCAUGCCUUGCCCCGGUUUCUUUUGCAAAUCUUGUGUUGCAACCCAUCUCUCCUCUGCGUUCCUUUUCUCCUUGCACUGCUUGCCGUCCUCUCCCUACUCAAAGGGAAAUGA